UCUAAGCUAAAUGGGAAACGUUAACACCUCCUGACAUCACCAACCAAGCUUAAUAAACAUUAAUUCUGUCUUGGGCCGCUUGUGGAAAAAAAAACAGAAGGGGAUAAUCUGCCUGAAGACAGGGAACUGGGGAAUUCACCUUGGUUUUCAGGAAUUGCACUUGAGUGGAAAUUUUCCUUUUUGUCCCCACUGGAUUGACGCUGGAAGGAUGAAGAUGUUGGUCUUAUGUCUUCUUCUCCUAUCACCUCAUCUCUCUUCUUCUACAUAUUUUAACGGAAUGAGUUCAGACAGCUCCAACAGUGAUGAGUCCGGACAGACAUCACUCACCUACAGAUUACCGGCAUACUACAGGUAUAGACAAAGUGCGCAAAUGAAGAACAUUUACCAACCAUAUUUGCUCAAUUAUUGGUGGUUUAAUAUGGUCCCUUGGAUGAAGACAUCAAAAACAAUUAAAGGAUCUAAGAGUACAGCCAACAGAGACAAUCCUGUAGCAACCAUUCAGCCACUUCCAGCCAGUACACCCGUAACACCUGCUGUCCGAACUGUAGCAACUACCACCCAGAAAAGAGGUGGCAGCACUACAGAUUUGAGCAGGGAACAAAGAAUCUCCACUCCAGCCCCGGAUUACCGGUUUGAGGAAAACAAUUUUCUGGAUGGAGAAAUGGUCACACAAAAUCCAGAAAAUGACGAAGUUCGUGAAUUCGAGGACGGCAAUAUUCUUGAUGGCUAUCCUGUGACCCAGAGAAUGACAACAGUAUGUGUGAAACCCAGAGACGGUAAUGAGGAGCUAAAGGAACAGAGAGUUACCUCUGUGAAAUUGAACCAAGGUCCUCAUUUGAUACCCACAACACUGAAAAACACAUUGACACCACUGAUGCCAAAGGACAUGAAUGAUUCUGUUGACCUUCAGGAAGGGCCAGUUUUAGAAAACCCCAACUCUGUUCUCACACAGACCACAGUGGAACAAAAUCAACGCAGACUGUCACGGACAAGCCAGAGUGAUUUAGAGGUGACAACUAAAUCACACCCAAGUACUGAUACAACGGUGGGGAAACAGCAUGAUUUUCCAUCGAAAGGUCCUGAGAGACACCUGGUAACACAGAUUCCAACUAAAAGGACCCUAGAAGUCAGGGGUGACAGCUAUGUUGAAAUGGACUCUCUCAGGAGUCCGAGUCCAGAAAAUAACUUAAUGGGACUGAUCAAAGAAGGAUAUUUAGGAAAUGCUAAAAAAAAUAGGAAGGCCAGGGAAGUAACAACAAGGAAAUCUGCCACAAUAUCUAAGCUCGACUCUCCUACCUGGGACGCCAGCACAGCUGAAGAUAUGACAGACCGGGCAGAGUUUAAAGGACCUCGACGCAAAAAGAAAGCUUUAAAGGAUGGUUCAGUGGAGACAGGCUUGUUCCUACUGAGGCAUAAGAGAGCGUCCAGGGCUCUAAAACCAGAUUCAAGUAAAAAAGACGUGUUGAACAGAAAUGGAGACAUUAUCGAUAUGCUGAAAACCGCCGAAUCUAUGGAGUUAGUAAAAAUUAAAAUGGACCAGGAUGUGAAAAUGGAAACACAUCGCCCAGAAUAUGAUAUUGGUGGAGAUUCCUGGGAACAGUUUUUCAAUGAAAACAAUGACUAUCAAGUUGAGGAGUAUAUACACCCUUGUGAAAGCUACCAUUGUCCACGUGGAAAGAUGUGUAAACUCAAUAACGAAAAUAAGCCUAAAUGUGUUUGCCAGGAUCCUUCCACUUGUCCACCAGCUGGAAUAUCUGAUCAUGUGUGUGGCACAGAUAACAAGACGUAUGAUAGUGCUUGCCACCUCUUCACCGCAAAGUGCCUUUAUGGAGGUAACCUUCACCUGGAUUACAAUGGCCAGUGCAAGUACAUUUCGCCCUGCCUUGACAGCGAACUGACCGAGUUCUCUCAUCACAUUCACGGCUGGCUGAAAGACGUUAUGGUCCACCUCUACGAGUAUGAUCUGAGGAACCCAGGAUACUUGUCUAAGAAGCACCGAAUCAUUGUCAAAAAGAUCUACGACUUGCACGGGGAGCUGAAAGCUGGCGGCAAGCAGUUCAGCCGGCGACGACGGAACUUCGAGAUCAACUACCUUGUGAACGUGUACCCAGUGCACUGGCAGUUCGGCCAGCUAGACCAAAGACCAGCCGAUGGGUACCUGAGUCACUCCGAGCUGGCCCCCCUGCGCGCCCCCCUGGUGCCCAUGGAGCACUGCACAUCCCGUUUCUUUAAACAGUGCGACUCCAACCGGGACAGAAGAGUCUCCCUGAAAGAGUGGUGCUCUUGCUUUGGAAUAAAAAAUGAUGUUGGAAGUGACCUGCAUUUCUGAUCCCCCAUCCAGUUUGGUUUCCAGCAGGACUGAGUUCACUUUCGCCAACUCUGCAGAUAUUUAAGGGAAGGUCUUGUUCAUUAUUAUAUAAAAACAAAAUGUCCCGUAUCUUUUGUGACGCAUAAAUACACCUUCCACUCACCCCAAAUAAUACAAUACAAUAAUAAUUCUUUCAUUUAACUCUAUAAUUAAGACCAGGGAAGAUAAAUCAUUUGCAAAAUCCUUAGGAUCCAAGAAAUCCUUUAGAACAAGAAAGUGCAUGUUUUCCAGCUUCUACAGAACCAUCAUUAUUAAGUCCUGUAGGCUGAAUAAAGGGUGGGCUAUAAAGGGUGGGCUCAAUUUCAGACGAGGAUGCUUUCUGGGUUUUCUUCUCUCCUUGUUCCCAUGGGUUUAGUCAGGCUGCUCUGAUGUCCCCCUCCUCCAAAAAUAUUCUGGCUGUGGUUAAUUGGAGUCUCUGAAUCAUCCCUUAGUGUCUUUGUACGAGCCCUGCAGUGGACUGCUUAUCCAUACAGGGCGAAGUGCUACAUGAACUCUGGUUGGCCAUGACCCUUAACUUUCAUGAGGUAAGGGCCACCCAGACAAGAGGAUUUCUGGUCAUAGGCGAAAUAAAGACGUGGACCAACUUAAAGUUUCUCAUGUUAGAAUGUAUCCAAUUUUCUCCCCGAUUAAAAAUGGAUAUUUUUGGCCAACCUCAAUUAAUGUUCCACAUGAACUCUUUCACAGGACAGGUUGUGCGUUAUCAAUUUAAUCAUUUCACUCUCUAGAUGUAGACGUUUUCAGUAUUAAACAGUUAUUUUUUAUAUUUCUGACAAAUUAGAAAACUGGUGAUGUGGAAAAGUGUAGCUUUUUUGUUCAGAAACUUCUUUGGCACAGAUUGCAGAGAAAAAAAACACAACCCUGUUUUGGCAUAUGCCUAUUUGAGACAGAAUUUUAAAAUCGGGAAGAUGGCAGAAAACCUGCCUUUCUAUUUCUUACAAAAAAGCAGGGGGAAAUAUCAAACACCUGUGAAAAUAAUGCUUUCCCUUUACCAGUCCCUUGUUCUGGCAGUUGAAGACACUUUGACUCAAUCCAUACUAUAGUAAUCUUAAUAUAGGUCCACAGUUUAAACACAAUAAAACACAUUUUAGAAUUUGAAUAAAGAAAGUUAUCUGUGGUAAGAAAAAAUCCAGGUCAACAUGCUCACAAUAAGCAUAGUUUAUAACACAUUCAUGGUCAGACCCUGAUUUUAAUACCCUGUUAGAAGGUGGGAUCCUUCUUUGGGAGAGAAAUGCUGUUGAUUGGAGCAAAGGUCAAUUGAUAGCUUGAUUUCUGUGGUGAGCUCUGCUGAUGAAAAUGGAAAGAAGGAUCUACGGUAUUUGAAAUAAAUAAAGGAAAAAGUGGGUACAUGAUGUAAAUUAUGCAUUACAGAUCAGUAUAUUUUGUGCGAAACUACAUGGUUUCUAAUAUACGGUACAAUGUUGGUAUUUUAAACAUUGAUUGCUGCCAGGCAGCCCAUUCUGAAAAAGCCACACCACCACAACACUAUCAAAAGUAUAGUUAUGAAAGGAACUGUCACACAGAGUUCACAACUUCUACAGAGUGCAGGCUCUGAUGUGUUGUUUGACAAUCAACAGGUACUGCACAAGGUACAAUUGUAUUUUUAUAGAUAAAUCUAGAAAACUGUACUGCUCCAUUAUGUACCCACUUUUCUGUUUUCCAUAACUUAUAUACUGUACAUAUGGUAAAAACGUCAUUAUUUGUUUUAUCUGAUAUAAUUGUAACAUUGUUUACUUAGCCCACUCUGAGAUAAAUAUAAAUCGGAAUAGAUUGUUUUAUUACUUUGAUGCCUUAUGAUCACAUGCUCAUAUCCUCUCAAAUUUAUUUAUUCUAAAUUGUGAUCUGUUCUUUGUUCAUGUGUUUGUAUUUUUUUUCUACAAAUCCCAAAGAAUAAAUGCAUGCCAUUCUUGUCUGUUUUCAUUCUUGUUCUGUUACAGACUACUUCUAAAUCAAGUACAGGAAUUUGUAUGUUCAGGGCGUGCUCGCGACACCUGACACUAUUCGAUCGCUGUCUCUGUGGCACCUCUCAGCUCGAAUCCAUAUAACGCCUCUGCCAAACAGUUGUCAAUUCCACUAUGCCAAAAGGCCAGCCCCUGUUGUGGGAGAAUUCAAGGAUGUUGAGCACACUAGGGGGUUUAUAUCACUGCAAUGGCCUCAAGGACAAAAGAAUAGCCCCACUGAGCAAUCAAGCUUUAAAACCAGUAGAACUGCACUGAAGAACAAUGUAAAUACCUGCUUUUAUGAAUAUGUAAAUAACUAAAAUCACAGUAACAUAAGCUGACAUUGAGUCAAUGUACAAGUAACCCUAAGGAUUUGUGUUGGGUUGAUAAUCCCAGUACAGUAUAACUGCAGUAAACUAAUACACACCAGUUUUAAAGAAAAGCAUACAGACCAGUAAGUAAAUUGUAUUUAAAAAAAAAAAGUUUCUCAAUAAAACCCCAGGAAGUUGAGCACAGUUCAUCCAGUCCAUGGAUAUACUCUUGACAUUUUUUGAGAAAAAGACACCAUUAUUGGCUGUGGUCUCGAAUUGUAGUCAGAGCCUGUACUUUGGUAUUGUGUAUCGGAAAGCCUUUAGGGAACAAAAAUUACAUGUCGUCUUCAAGAUGCUGCUUUUCGCUUUCGGCAUACUUAAAAGCUGCUUUGCAUGGAUUCCAUUUCUGUGGCAGUUGUUACAUAAAAUAACAGUGGCACAAUGUUUCCUUAUCUUCUGAAGGAGGACACUGUACAGGCAGGCAGAAACAUAACAGAAAAACAUCCCCAAUGGCCAUCAUUAAUCACUUCAGUUAUACCUGCAAUAUGGAUAGACUGCACUUUGGAUACACCUCCCUUUCAGCAUUUUUCAAGGGCUGAGUGGAGAAAAUAACAGGAAGUAACAGGAAUCCAGGCCAUAUUUCAACACACACAAA